GCCUCAGGGCUAUGUUGGGCUACAUGUUUGAGGAAUUCACAGGCUUAUGUCAGUAUGAGGAAAAGCCUGGGCCCUCUGAGUGGGCAACAGAUGCCAGCUCGUUCUCCUCCCCACAGCCCCUGUGGCGCUCAGGAGGGAGAGAGUUUGCACACUCACCCUCCUCACCUGUUUGUACCUUAACUUGGUCUCUGGCAUGUGCUGAUGGCUUGGAGCUGGGUGAGGCUGCAGAUCUCUGUGCCCAUCUCUUCUUGGGCUCUGUGCCCAUCUCUUCUUGGGCCCUCUCCCCUACCAGAGAGGAGACCAUCACCACCGUGGUGAAGAGUCCCCGUGGCCCACGACGGUCCCCCAGCAAGUCCCCCUCCCGCUCGCCUUCCCACCGCUCCACCAGCCCACAGAGGCCAGUUCUGUUGGCCCCUGACCUGCUGUUCCUGCCGGGGUCCAGGCAGCCUCACAGGCCUGAGACAGAGCCAGGCCGGAAGCCCACUGUGCCCACACUGUACGUGACGGAGGCUGAGGCCCCCUCCGGAGCCCUGCCAGGGGGCACAGGGCCCCAGCCCAAAUGGCUGGAGGUUGAAGAGACUGUUGAAGUCCGAGUGAAGAAGUCGGGUCCUCAGGCUGUGUCUCCCGCCAGGGAGGUGCCCAGAGGCAUGGGGGCACUGCUCUUCACACUGCCUGGUGGGACGCCAGGUGGGGACCCCAACGCCAACAACUCCAACAACAAGCAGCUGGACCAGGAGCCCCAUGCCCAGGGCCCAGCUGUGGUCCGCAUUGGGGAGCCCCUCGUCUUCCAUGUGGAUGCUGGGGGCAGUGUGGACUGGGCUGCUUCCGGAGCAGUCAGCCCUGAGCCAGAGGAGACUGGGGCUUCCCUCAGGGACAGCAGCACUGAGUGGGCAGGAGUAGAGGGUGAUGGGGAGAGCCCUUUUGUGGUGGAGGAGCCCCAGGACACGGAUGGCCUUUGCAGCCGUGACCCCAAGAUCCUCACACACAACGGUCGUGUGCUGACCCUGGCUGACCUGGAAGAUUACGUACCCCAGGCAGGGGAGACCUUUGGCUGCCGUGGCCCAGCAAGCAGCACCUCCGACGACAUGCCCUGUGAGGUCUCCGUGCUCCAGAGAGAGAUCAGUGAGCCCACUGUGGGGCAGCCCAUCCUGCUCAACGUGGGGCGCCCACCCAGACAUGUGGGUCCACCUGGCUUCUUCAGGACAGGAUCCCAGGUCCACAGCCCUGAGGACCUGUCCUUCCACAUGCGAGGGGCCCGAGCUGGGCCUGUGGGCAGCGCUCCUUGGACCUCCUCCUGCACCCGGGUCCAGCACUCUACAGACGGCAGGCAGAGCAGCUUCAAGACGGAGGUUUCCACCCAGAUGGUCAGCUUGGGGACUGUGGGAGAGACUGUCACUCUGCAUAUUCGCCCAGAUGGAGAUGAGGCCCCUGGCCCCUCCCAGGGCUGAGGCCACAUACCCUGGCAAGACAGGGAGGCCAGGGCACUCUUACUGUGCCAUCCUUGCAGCAUGGGGCCUGCACCCUGCUGGGCAGCAGCACCUGCUCAGGAACCCCAGCUCACCUCAGUCACCUGUGCUCAAUGCGCUGCUCUUCUGAGCUCGGGGCUCAGCCUGCCAUGCCCUCUGUCCUGGGCCCUUCCUACCUCACUGGACUUUGGUCCUCAACAAAGAGGACCGCAGUGCCUACAAUGCUGGAUGCACUGAAGUCCUUCAAGAGAGCCCUGGCCAGGGGCAGCUCAGAGACCAAGCUCUGGGUUGUCCCUUCUGGCCUGCAGGAGCCUCCAGGCUCUGGACACAGAUGUGGACUUGGGCCUGUGUCCUGCUCCCACUGGGCACAGCCUUGCCUGUCCCCAGGCUAGGGAUGGGACCCAGACCCCCAAAGCCACACCCAGGGCCAAGUGGCCACCAGCGGCUCUGCAGGGUGGACACAGGGUCUGUGUUGGGAAGUGCACCUGUAUUCUGGCUGAUAGAGCAAUAAACCAGUCUGCGCCUCCUCUC